CAGUCUCAUCCCAGUGACUGUUAUCCAUCAUGAGUUAACAAGCACACAUGAGACUUGGUUGAGUUCAAACUGAACCGAUCGUCCACAUACCGCCCAUUCCGCUGCUCCAGAUGUGAAGUCGUUGGAAGAGCAAACACUAAACCACAGCGCUGACCACCGCACAGGACAAGAUGUCUGCUGAGCUCUACUCUGCAAGUGUGAAUAAUGCAAGUCUUCAAGGCACCACAGUGGGAGGCACCAAACCUUUACACCGCUUCAUUAAGGGGCAACCCAAGAUUACCGGCAUCGUUGUGCUGGUCUUGGGCUUAUCUCUCUUCAUCGUUUCCAUCGCAAUCAUGCCAACAGCAAUUGAACACAUAUUGGCAAUUAUCCCGCCUAGCGUCUUACUGGGACUACUGUUUAUCAUAUGUGGGAUCCUGUAUAUCCUGACAGAGCACAACCCAACCAAGAAAACAGUCACCAUAUCGCUGGCUCUGAGCAUUGUGACCCUACUGGUGGCAUGUUGGUCUAUGCUACACAUCAUACCUAGCUUUUUAAACGGGCACUACUACUACUCACACUAUGACUUUAUGGAUGACAACGUCACUGAAGAAACAGUACAGUUGUUGUUGUCUAAUAUGAACAUGUCAACAUGUGUGGAAGCACUCUACUUCUUCUACACUUUAGUGGGUGCAAUUAUUCUGAUUGUAAUGUCAGCUCUGGCUGGCGCUGCCCUGCGUUCCACAAAGAGUCAGGCCAUUAUAGUGAUGACUACGACGGCGGCUGAAUCACCAGUUGAAUAAAGAGUACAAGAGGAAGUGUGAUAAAUUGAGAAGAAAUAUGAAGCAUUCAAAGACAGGAAGGAAGUUCAACAGAAUACAUGAUUCCUAAAUAUUAACACCAUAGUUGUAAUUGUUGUAUGCAAUACAAAAUAUGCACACUGCUAUUUAAAGGUUUGGAAUCACCUGUUGUUUUUCUUCUUAUAUAGCUACAAUAUAACUCAGAUACCAAAUGUAUCAUUUACAUUUGGAAUUGUUCCUACAGUGUUACAUAACAGGGGACUGUUGACAGGAAUGAUGUAACCAUUUUCCCCCUCAAAUAACUUAAAGUAAAACACCCAAUGUAAGCAGGGACCGGCACCUGUCUGUAGCAUAUGCAAACCCUAAACCGACCUUGUAUUUCUAUCAUGAACUUCAUCUAAUAACUAAUAUCAAUAUGCCUGUUAAUUCCAGAUUAUUAGAGCCAUUAUUGUGCUGUUUUAAAUGAAAUCUGCACAGGUUUUGAUGCUAAGCUUCUAAUUUCUUUCACCAUUGACUGACGAUUUCUUAUAUUCUUAUUAAUACUAAUAAAACUGUUCACUUAGAGGUAUAUUUUUCUCUGUCUGGCCUCAUACAAAAUGACAUCUAUUUGUAAAGAGGACUUUCUACAUCCUAAAAGCAUGAAAGAGCAUUCAAAAGUGUAAAAUAGUCCUCUCAGCCAUCUGAAUGUACUGCAUCAAGCUUUUGUGAGAGGUGAUUCAAAACUUUUGAACGGUUGUAUGUAUGUAUGUAUUGUAUAUGAAUAUAUUUUGAACCUUUUUUAAACAUUUACUGCACCAGAGGUUUACCUACUGUGGCUAGGUAAUUAACUGCUACUACUCUGCAGCCUGACAUUGGCUGACCUAGCUCCACAUUAUGUUUGUACUACUACAGCACAGGACAAAGGUCUUGGCGAUACCAAUGUCCCUAUUGAGAUAGUUGAAAAAAAGCUUGUCUGGGUUAUUUUAACUUCUCAAAAACACAAAAUCAUAUUAGUCAAGGGCAUACUUAAACUGUGAUGUGCUGUUGUUACAGUAAAUAGGUACCACUUUUUGAUAAGCAACCCUGUAGAAAGGCUUUAUAAUAUAUUCUGAGUAUAGAUGUGUGUCACUAAAAACGUGGGCUGAGAGGCUGUUAUUCCCCACCAACAUAAUUUGCUAGAAAGACCACACCAAUGGGCCAUUUAAUCACCUUGGUUACAGACCUCUGAAUAUCUGCCCACAUAUUCAAUAUUAUUCAAACAUAAUAUUGAAUAAUGUUUUU